UUUCGCGUUUUGCGGAAGAACUGCUUUAAUGUGAGAGACUUUUCAGUCACAAAUAUGGGAAACCCGAGCGAAUCUAAGAGUUAAACGUUAGAUAUACGUUAGAUAUACGUUCGCGAAAAAUUAAGAAAAAAUUUCUCUUCCGAAGAGUCCGGAAGAGAAAAUGUCGAAAAUGUCGAAAAUGUCAUUAAGACCGCACGUUGAAAUCUACACGUUACAAAACUAUAACGAGAACGACGUAAGAUGACUCCGAUAUUUGAAAUUAUGGAGUCUGCUCGCCCAAGUACAGAGAGAUUCAGAGAGAAAAUAAAAUAUGGAAAUUAAGACGAUGAGGGCAAUUACGGAGCACCGAAGCUCUUUAAUGAUUAUUAACGAGCGUGUGAUGAUCGUGGCGGGUUGGGAAACGCUCCGGUGCGCAACCUGACACGCGGUUACGGAUGGAACGCGAUGUUUAAAGUUUCCUUAGACGGUUGACAGGAGACAGGACGCGAGUCCGAGGUCGCGUGCCAUUCAACCCCCGAGGUGAGGAGAAAGGGGAGAUGACGAUGUCGUGUAAGAAGCGUGAAAUUUAUCCGUGCUUGCGGGACGAGUAGUAAUUGCAGAGUCUUGUCGCCGCAUAAGACACGCAUAGGAAGCCGGCUACCGGCGGUAUAGAAGAAAGAAAGAAAGAAAGAAAGAAAGAGAAAUGUGACAGAGACGAGGACGCGGAAUGCAGGAAGAAAAAUUCGGAACGGCAGAGCUGCGCGACGUGGCGCGACGCGACGUGAAGCGGAGCGGAGCGGAGUGGAGCGGAGCGCGCAAAGCCGUAGGAUGGAGCACGGGGAUGGAGAGAAGGCGCGCGGCGGAAAAGGCAGAAGGCCUCGAGGAAGGAGGAGGCUGACUGAUCGCCGCCGGAGUAGAGGAGAGAGAGCACGCCUGCGCGGAAUCCCCGGGCGGGCGCGGGCAGUGCCACCGGAGGCCCGGCGGUUUCAGAGCUUCGCCCGGGACGACGAACCACGGACGAGCCGAGUACGGGAAACCCGGUCGCGUUUCACAGUACGACCGACCGAUCCACACCGAGUAUACCGUGCGUCCGUAGAACGAGGGGUAUAACCGCGGAAUAAAAGAAAGGGAGGUGGGGAGGGGUGGCCCGAUUGAACGCAGGCAGACCGCUUCGUGACCUUGGUGCGCGCGACACUUUACGUCUUCUUCGGGAGUAAUAAAGAAAAAUUUUAUCGGUUACUAAUCUCUUGCAACCACGGUUCAGUACAAGAAGGUAUAUACUGGUGUACGGUGAACCUCGCGCGCGAGACCGCCCACAAAUUAGACCCUCGUACCUCGGCUUCGUUCCGUCACUUGCAAUCGCGAGUAUCCAACAGCGAGAUAAUGUGAUAUAUCAGAGUGUUUUGAAAAGAAGGAAGAGAAGGGAAGAGAAUAAAGGAAACGGAGAGUAAAGGAAAAUCGGUGGAUGCACAACAAGAGCGCAACGGGGGGGUUGCAACGAGAGGGUUGCAACGACGGGUAACGCGGGAGUAUGCGCGGGUCCUGGUAGCACCGGCUGCUGUUGGAGGAUGAACGGGACGACGACGGAGGAUUAUUAAGUGGAGGAGCGCCGAGAGAAAGAGGUGCAUCGCGGUGUUCCAUGAGAUGUCAGUGGACCCGUUAUCGGGGACAGUUACGCCGCCGUCGUCGUCGUCGCCGUUGUUGUUGUCGUCGUCGUGAUCAUCAUGAGGAGGUCCUCCUACGUCAACUACUACGUCCUGUGCCUCGUGUGCUGGAUCCUACUAGGCAUUACCGGGGUAAGUACGAGAUCUCAUUCGCUGGUGAAGAGAUUUGACGGGAUUUACACGGGGCCUUACUUCGACUCGAAUACUCCAACGAAUAUCACGGCGCAGUUGGGCACUCAUGCUUACCUACCGUGCAAAGUGCGGCAGCUUGGUAACAAAUCAGUCUCCUGGAUCAGAAGAAGAGACUCGCAUAUCCUCUCGGUGGAUAGAACCAUGUUCAUUCCGGACGAAAGGUUCCAAGCGAUUUUCGGGGAGGCGGACACGUGGACGCUGCAGGUGAAAUACGUCCAAGCGCGCGACGAAGGCGAGUACGAGUGCCAAAUCUCGACCGACCCGAAGAAGAGUCACAUCAUCAAGCUCAACGUUACAGUGCCAAAGAUCGAGAUCUUGGGGGACCGUGACAUGUACGUGAAAACCGGAAGUACAGUCGCAAUACGAUGCGUAAUAAAACAGUCUCUCGAGGGCCCGUUCUACGUCUUCUGGUACCACGAGGGCGAUCGCGUUCUAAAUUAUCAGCUGGGCAAGAUCGACAUUCAGACGAAGAGGAUCGAGCAGGAUACGGUGAGCAGCCUAGUGAUCCACAACGCGAGACGGGAGGACUCGGGUAACUAUACUUGCAGCCCGAGUAACUUGGAUAGCGCGAGUGUGCAGCUGCAUGUGUUAAACGGGGAACACCCCGCGGCUAUACAGAGAGGCAUCAGUUCAGCGCCAGGUGGCUGUCCCACUCUAUGGUGGCUGGCAGGAGUGGUGACACUGUACUCGAGUCACGGCAGUCGUCUAUUCGUCCUCGUUCUUUUGAUCCUUAUGGUUCUUUACUCGAAAAAUCCAUCUUACAUUGCGACGGAACGAUAAUCAGGCAAGACCGCAAGGAUGGUAUACGCGUAUAAUCGAUUAUCUCCUGCUACGAGACCCCGACUACCUCGAGAGAAGAGAUCCUCGAUGUUGCGGACCGAUUUUCAGAGAUCAAGGAUAAAAAGGGCGAGGAUGAAAGGAAGAUUAGAAAGAUAGAGGGUAAUAUACGAGAUAAAGAGAAAGAGAAAGAUCGGAGGGAAGAAUAAUGAUCCCGGAGGUAGUAUGUUUUUUCUCCGUACGCGUGAAGUAAGAGUUAGAGGUUCAUCUCGAUUAUAUCGAGACAGUGAUCCGGCCGUUAGAAAUUAGGAAUUAGUUUAUUAUAUGAAUUCUUGUUAAAUUGCUACGAGAAGCUGUACGUGCUGGAGAAGCUACGAAAUUUUUUGACGUUGUCGGAAAUAAAUUAGGUCGAGCUUGAACAACGGGUAGUUCGUGAACGUCUUGAAAACUUUCAAUUGAAAAUCCGAGGCGAGCUGAUAAUUUUAUUUAUUCAUACUUAUUACAAUCUAUUUAUUUAGUCGCGUCCAUUAGAAAUUUUAUCCAAAUAAAAUAACGUUAUUAUUUUCUUAUUAUCGCGAUUGACGAAUUAUUAUAACAAGAUAUCAUUAAGUUUAACUCACUUUGUUUUUUUAAAGACGCAUUUUACAUUUUACAUUUGUAGAAUUGUUUCACGUAUUUCCCGUUUGUUUAGCCCGACAAGGUAGAAAGUUACGAAAUCUCAAAAAAUGAACGCCCGAAAAACGAUCACGAUCGCGAGAUCCUAUCGCGAGGGCGUUGGGUGGUUUCGUAGCACCCAUUAUAGGAACAAGAAAGCGAUAACGUGACGAGAAAUUUAUAGAAGGAAGAGAAACGAGAAGGUAGAGAGGAGAGAGGAAAGAGCAAGGAAGAAAACGAGUGAAAGAGAAACGUCGAUGAGCGUCGACGUAGAAGAAGAACCGUCACGAGACUGGAGAAAAAGCAGAAAAACUUCGUCCGCGCCGCUCGAAUAGAAUUGAAACUUGUUCGAUGAAUUUUCGAAAUGCGAUGUAAUUAAUUAUAUUCGAUAGCGACCGAUUACAACAAAGCGUGUCUAUACUUGACGUCUACCGCGUGAUCUGGGAUCGUCCUGAGACCGAGCGAUCUCGGCCAUCGUCUCUUAGACGAUUUGUCGAUACGCGCGCCGAAAAUGAAUUAGAAUCUUCUUUUAAAUUUAUCUGUCGAAGAGACUAUUCCAAGAUCGUAUAAAAAAGCUUGACAAGAUGGAGAAAGGAACAGGGAUCAAAGUGACCCUAUUAAGGAAUAAAAAUGUUAUUGCUAUUAAUAACAUGACGAUAGUACUCGAGGUAAAGAAUUCAUAUCAAACACACGACAAAGUUUCACUCAUAUCAAAUCUCUUAGCCACGAUAUUUCUGGUAUUUCCAGCACCAAGCCAAAUUUAAAACGAGUAGUUGGAAUAAAUUAUUAAAUUUAUACGGACUUUUAUCGCUCAUCGCGAGUGAGAUAAAACGGGGUAUCAUGUUGGAAAUUAUCAUUGCCUCUAUAAAUACUUGAUAAAUACGUUGUCAAAGGCGACAGGUGUCUCGAGACGAUCCGCGAUGAAAAUUUUGGUAAUUAAAGCGCAUUGAGUAUACACACGUCGAUCAAAAUAUAUCAUACGUCCGUACAUGCACAGGCUAAACUUAUCGCGACGCGGGCCGUACAGACUGCCGCAUUUUCCACUGACUGCUCCUUUACGCGUCGUCUCGCGACUUCGGAAAUAUCGCGUUUUUUUUUUACAUAUAUAUAUAUAUAUAGAAAAUCGAAGAUUUUCCCUUUAGGAACGUAGAAAAAUGAAAUACUGCCGAUACGCUCAAAAAAUUAAAUACUGCCGAUAAAGUCUCUUUUUAAUCCUUGGGAGGUCCUCCCAAAUAUCACAAAACUAACUUUUCUAUAUUAUACGUUUAUUCACGUUGGACGACGUUAAAGGAAAGGAGACAUUUGUUUUGUAUAAAAUUUACAUAAACGUAUUACGUAGGGUGACAAGAUAAAUUUCACGCGUAUUCUAAAUCGCAUAUUCAGAUCUCCGCCUUCGAUGAACUUCUUUUUCUUGUAUGAGUCGUCAAACGUCUCAUCAUAGCGAUAGGCGAGUACUUUCGACAAAUACAUUUUGAUAACGCAUAUUUUCAUAGCGGUUUUGGCCCGCGGCGUGUCGCCUCUGAGCAUGAUCGGUUGUAUAAUUUAGCGGAUGAGCGUACGGCUUUCCGGUGGGCGCCUCGCGCGCCUCCCGCGAAUUUGCUUUCUUCUCGCAAAUACUAGUGGGGAGGGGAGGGAAUACUGUUUUUUAUAAUAUUAUAUAUAAAUAUAUAUAUAAAUAUAUAUAUAUACAAACGAACAGAAAUAUAUAUAUGUAUAUGUGUACGCGCGCAAAUACGUUGCACAUGGGUGUUGAAUAUUGAACAAGUUUCAGCUCGCACGAACGAGGGGCGCAUAUAAAGUGACUGCAGCGUACGUUCUCGUUGAGAAAAUUCUUAAGGAAAUGCUUGAGAGAUAUCUGAUGAGGAAGAGGCGAAGGAAGGAGAAAGGGAGAGAGAAAGAGAGACAGACAGACAGACAGACAGAGAAAGAGAGAGAGAGAGAGAGAGAGGAAGAGAAGAAAAUAUACCGUAGAAAACACGAGGACAGCGGCAGGAGACGAACGAUUCGUUAGAAUAUCUACGAUUCAUGUGAUUGUAAAUAACGUAACAUAGCGUAUAAAUAACGUAACGUUAAUUAAUGAUAUGCCGUACGUGUUACGCUAAAGAAACAAGAAAAAAAUAAACUAAAUAACGUUACUGUGUAAUUUUUCGGAUCGUAAAAACGCGCAUUGGAAAUAAGUCUGGCCGCCCGUGCUAACCGGCUCGGGAAAUCAUGCACGGUAUCGGGAGGCAAGAGGAAUUUCUUACGAGCCCACUACAAUAAGCCAUUAGCCAUCUAGGGCCUCGAGUCUUAAGCCAUAGGAAAUUGACCAAUCACAGUCGAAGAGAAAAAUGGGAGGAAAAUAUAAUGACUGUGAUUGGUUCGAUUUCUUACGGCUUUGGAUUUAAAGCUUAGAUAAUGGCUUAUUGUAGAGAGCUUAUUGUAGAAAGCCCAUUACCGACGAAGAAAGAGACGCCGCGCGCACACGUACGAUAUAUACGACGUUCCCAGAAAUCGAAAUCGUCUGACAAAAAAAAAAAAAAUUUUCGUUGGACAUUUUAUCGCGAGGAGAUAAAACUCGCCUCGCACGGCGUCGUCCGGAUGUACAAUCGAAGGAGUAGAGAUUCUUAACGCCCGCCGCGCUUCCGGCGCGAAUCGCUUCCGUCGGGCUUAUCGUGGAAGAUCGGCGUGAAGAUGCGCCACGAGGAGGAUUGGCAGGCGGACAACACGUCAGGCGGUGCACGCUUUUCCGUGGCGCCGCGGCGCCGUGGUGUGUCCGAAGACUCCGAGACUUCUGUUUGGGAACGAGAAGCGGAGCGCGCACGUUUCCCCGUGAUGAGCGCGCUCGUGGAUAGCACGGGCCGGCCACACACGCGACUAGAUGUAACACUAAUUAACGCCUAGCGGUAAGCGAACUAACGGAUAUAAAUGCAGAUAUAUCGUCGGAUAUAAUAGCCAGGCGAGGCGAAUGCGCGAGCGGCUGUGUGCGAGCGGUACGGUUGGUGCUUUAAACCGUGUGAGCCUGUUUUUGCGCGAGUAAGCGACGGGAGAGAACGGCGCGAAAGGAAAUGAGAGAGAGAGAGAGAGAGAGAGAGAGAGAGAGAGAGAAUAUAAGCCACACAC